AUGGAUAGUUGGGAAGAUAUGGCUUUACGAACAUAUAAUCCGACACCUAAGAUAUGGUGGCGAUAUGUAGAUGACACAUUUACAGUGUUGAAAUCGGAACAUAUCGACAGUUUCUUGACACACAUAAACUCAGUAGUUAACGCAAUCCAAUUCACCUACGAAGUAGAAAAUGAACAAGGAGAAUUACCUAUGUUGGAUUGCAGAAUAAAACGAAGGAUAGAUGGUGGUUUAGAUACUACCGUCUACAGAAAACCAACACAUUCUAACAGGUAUCUAGACUUCAAGUCAUCUCAUCCAGUGUCAGUUAAAGCGGGUUUAGUCAAAUGUCUAAAUAACAGAGCUGAGAAACUCACUAGUCAUUGUAAGGACUUAAAUAAGGAAUUGAAACACAUAAAAGAAGCGUUAAUAACUAAUAAUUAUCCCCAUCAUUUUAUUAAGAAAUUCACACGGACGCAUAAGAAGCAAAAUAAUAACACUAAUACAAAUACAAAUAAUAGUGACAACAUAAGUAGAAAGGAAAUCAGCACCUCUAUUGUGAUACCAUACAAGGAAGGAACAUCAGAAACCAUACGUAGGAUUCUCAACAAGGUUGGAAUUAGGGUGGCAUUUAAACCAACAAACUCACUUAGAGGUAAGCUGUGUCGGCUAAAAGAUCCGAUAGAACCAAUUAAGCAAAAUAAUAUAAUCUACCAAAUUCCAUGUAAUGACUGUGAAGUCAAAUACAUAGGUCAAACUAGCCGGUCGGGGUCAGUUAGAUUAACAGAACAUAGGAAUUUAGCUAAACAUAGAACGACAGACCCCAAUAAGAUCAAUAACCUAGAAAAACACUCAGCCAUUGCAUUACAUUCAUUAACACACAACCACACAAUAGGAUGGGACAAAACCACUGUACUUAAGUCUAAUAUAGCUAGGUGGAGAGAGAGAUUAAUUACUGAAUCUUUGUUCAUCGAAUUCACACCCAACACAUGUAAUAGGAAUGACGCAACACCUAUACCAGAGAUAUGGAAAACUUUACUACCAAUCAAAAAACAAAAAAACAAAGAGAGAUCAGGUGACAGGACUAUAAAAUCAGAUGUCGAAAGAAGUGUGAUUACAUUGAUAUGA